AUGCCAGCUGUAAAAAAGCCACUGCUGAGCAGCAAACAGGUGUUUGAAGCUACUGGAGUCUCAAGAUCCUCUCCAUACAGACUGGCAGUUGUGUAUAAAGUUGUGUUUCAGUCACUGCUAACCAAACCUCACAAAGAAAAACCUAUAAAAGUCGUUACUUUUGACAACCCUAGAAUACAGACGUAUUUCUGUGUGUCAGCCGUUGAAACCGAUGUAUUGUCAGUGUCAGUGAUGGAGGGAGAUUCAGUCACUCUAAACACUGGUUUUGAAACAAACCAACAGGAAUAUAUAAUAUGGUAUUUUGAUGACAUUCGCAUUGCUCUAAUCACUGGAGAUCUCGGUAAGAUCUGCACAGAUGUUCAGUGUAAUGUAGGUACUGAGAGAUUCAGAGACAGACUGCAGCUGGACAAUCAGACUGGAUCUCUGACCAUCACAACCACCACAACCACAGAUGCUGGACUCUAUGAAUUAAAGAUCAUCAGCAUAAGAAAAAGCAGUGAAAAGACCUUUAAUGUUACUGUUCAUGAUGUUCCUGCUAAUGAACGAGAUCAAAUGCAGAGAAAGUCAGUGAAGGAGGGAGAAUCUGUCACUUUAGAUACUGGUGUAAUGAAAAACCCAGAGGAUUUGAUGACGUGGUAUUUUAAUGACAUUUGCAUCGCUGAAAUCAGUGAAGAACCCAGAAAGAUCUGUACAGAUGAUCAGUGUGAUGACGGUACUGAGAGAUUCAGAGACAGACUGAAGCUGGAUCGUCAGACUGGAUCUCUGACCAUCACAAACAUCAACACCACAGACUCUGGACUGUAUAAACUACAGACCAACAGCAGCAGAAUCAGCAUCAUAAGGAGCUUCCGUGUUUCUGUCAUUGGCAAGUAUCAUUUUGUGAAUGGUGUUGUUGAUUUGUCGCCUAAUCAGAGUGAGAUUCCACUGAUGGAUGAUGCUAAUGAGAGGUCCUCUAAUCACACUGAUGCUCUAGUGACGAACACGAUCAAUGACUCGCCCCCUAAUCGGAUUGAGUAUGAGGCUGCCA